AUGGAGGACCUACAUUUUGCUGAUGCCACUGCUGACAACGACAUGACUAAGACAGCAAAGACUACAAAGAAGCGAACAAGCAAAAGGGUGACGGCAUGGAAAAAGCCAGUCACCAGGAAGGCCCGGUCUGUGAUGAAAACAUGCGCAAAGACUAGGAAGAAAGAACAGUCUGAGUCUAAGUCAAACCCCGGGCGCGGUGCAGCAGAAGCUCAAAAGUUUCUGAAGGAACUCAAGGAUUUGAUUGCCAAGAAGCCUGAUGCUCCGAUGGUCAAGAAGUUGACAUCUGAAACCACCAUCCAGGUUGGAUCUGAUUGUUCAGGCUUGGGCAGUGAGCUUGUCAGCCUCGCGACAGUGCUUGGCGGCGACUGUGGCCGCAUUCAGACAAAGUUUGUGUCGGAAUCAGAUGCGACGAAGCGUCUGUGGCUACAAGCUGUUGCAGCACACUUUGCCAAUGAGACACCGGAAAAGAUCUACAAGGACCUUAGGGACAGACAGAAUGCUUUCGCACCUGAAACCCACCUGUUCGUAACGGGUGCCCCCUGCCCUCCAUAUUCUCAAGCAGGGUUGAACAAAGGCUUGGAAGACCUGCGUGGAGAUUUGAUCUUGCGUAGCCUUAGCUACGUUGUGGAAAAGCGACCGGUAAUGGUCCUCAUGGAAAAUGUGAAGAAUUUGGCCAGUGAAAAGCACAAGAAGGUGCUACAUGAAAUUGCUUCAGUGCUGCGGGCUUGUGGCUACAAGGUUCAAGCUGAAAUCCUGAACACGCAGAAUCACGGCAUACCGCAAAAUCGUGAGCGGGUCUAUGUGAUUGCCAUCUUGAAGAGUUAUAUCAUUGAGGGAAGAGAAUUUUCUUUUCCUCAGACGUCGCAGAUGGCUGAGUUGAAAAGAUUCUUGAAUGAUGAGACUGACGCUGCAAACUCAGAUUGUCGACCCAGUGAACUAUGCCAAACUGCCAAUCGGAACAUCAGGAAAGCCAAUAAACAAUUGAAGAAGCAGCCAACUUCGCAGGAGGUGAUAGUCGACGCUGCAGCAGGAAAAGGGUAUUUCAACAUGAUGGUCGGCGUGUGCCCGUGCAUAACCAAAGCACGUGGUGGUGAGCGAGGCUUUUACCUUCUCGGGCAGUCUCGCUACUUGAAUGUCUUUGAGCAGGGGAGGCUGCAGGGGUGGCAUCCCAAAUGGGUCAGGAUGCUGCUGAGGGCCUGCGAUUCCAAGUCGCAGUUGGGCAAGGCACUUGGGGAUGCUAUGAGCUUGAACAUUCUUCAGCGGUUGCUUCCACGCAUGUUGUAUUCUGUCGGUCUGCUGGCAAAGCUGCCAAAGGACAACUGGGCGCACAUCCCUGCGCAUGGCCCCAUGCCGUCCACAUUGUAUGACUCGUGA